UAAAAAGUUGACAACGCUGGUGAUAAAAUCGCAAAAUUAUCAACACUGGUCAUCCUGUUUUUUUAUUUGAAUUGAAGGAAAAAAAUCGAAGCCGACGCAAAUGAAGUAUUUCAGGAAAUUGCAAUAUUUUUAAGAUUAUCAUCUUGCUAUUGUUAGAAAUACAAGUCAAAUUAAAAUUGUAGUGAACUAAAUAAUCUUGGGAGUCAGACAAAAAUGGCCAAUACCUACGAAGGUAAUGGUGAAUAUUCCAGUUACGCUGAGGAUGAAAGCGAAUAUGGAAAGCAGCGUAAAAUGACAGCAACUGGUCCGCACAAUGGCGACAAUAAUCAUGGAGAUCUUCAUCAUCAUGGCACGAACACAAAUAUGACUCCAGGUGAAAACAGUUACCUAAAUGAAAAGGCAAACGAUUAUGUUAGGGAUUGUCUAAACGAAAAGUCUCGUAUGGAUCGUAAAUUUCCAAUAGCUGAGAAACUUUUGGAUACGGAAAUUGAGAAAGUUCAGACAACAGGACGUCUACCGUCGAGAGAACAGAAAUAUGCCGAUAUAUAUCGUGAGAAGCCUUUGAGGGUAUCACAGAAAGUUCUAGUUCCGAUUAGGGAGCAUCCGAAGUUUAAUUUUGUUGGCAAAUUAUUGGGGCCGAAAGGAAAUUCUUUGCGCAGACUGCAAGAGGAAACAAUGUGUAAAAUGACAGUUUUAGGACGCAAUUCGAUGAGAGAUCGCGUUAAAGAAGAGGAACUUCGCAAUUCUAAAGACCCUAAAUACUCUCAUCUGAACAGUGAUCUUCAUGUGGAAAUAUCUACAGUAGCUCCUCCAGCAGAAGCUUAUGCUCGAGUAGCAUAUGCAAUGGCCGAAUUGCGCAAAUAUCUUAUACCGGAUAGCAACGACGUAAUUAGACAAGAGCAAUUACGGGAACUAAUGGACAGCACACACAUUUCCGAUGAGCAAAAAUCAUUAAACUUCAACAAAAAAGUUUCACCAUAUCAAGUGGGUGCAGCCGGAGGUGGUAGUGGCAUUGGAAUAUUAACAGGCGGACCUAACGCAGCUGUUGCCUCAUUGGGACCAUCCUGUUCAAAUUCAUUGGCAAAUCAAACGAAAAAUGUAACUCCAUAUAGAUCUUCUAGCCAAAACGCUGUUGGCCCAACGUCGUCAACAAUAACGUCAUAUAACAAAACUAAUAUAGCACCCAAGCAGAAAGUCAUGUCAAUAUUAGAAAAGGCUCGUUCUGCAAUGGAGGAAACGUAUGGUCGCGGUUACGACGAUAAUCCGCCAUAUGAACACCAUCAAGCACCUCAUUCAUACGAUACAUAUGCUACAUAUACAGGGCAAGCGACACAAACCCCAGCUGGGCAUAACCCGCACGGCACCCAGACGCCGGGUAUUGGUAUCAACACUUUGAAUUCGGCAAGAGCUCCAUACGAAACGGUUGAAUAUGAUACAAACGAUUACAACAGACGUGAUUAUUAUCAGAACCCAAAUGCGGCAACCACAUCAAGUUAUGGAGCUUCUGGUAUUCAGCCUCCAAAUAAUGGCGGCAUAAAUCAAAAUCAAAACCGUAGUCAUGUUAACAGGUGAAAUAUAUUUCCGUCGCAAAAACAACAACUGCAGCAGCAGCAA